CGAAGGAAAAAAAAGAGUUGAUGACAGUUCAAGUAGCGAAGAAGUUUCAUUUACAACUGGAGAGAAUAUCAGGGUUAAUUUCUUCUCUUAUGUUGUGGAUAAAGUCAUAUCUUCUCUUGAGAUGAGAUUUGAAAAAUUCAAAGACUAUAAGAGAUUAUUUGGAUUUUUGUUUCCACAUAAGUUGAGUGGAAUUGAAGAAAAAGAGCUUAAGUUAUGUUGUCAUCAACUCGAAAAUGCACUCAAGUUUGAAGAAAGAUCGGAUAUUGAUGCUGAAGAGCUUUACAUGGAGUUGAAAUUAUUUAACACAUUACAAACUAGUGAAUUUAGCAAUCUCAUAGAUGUUUUGAAGCAUUUAAGAGAACUUGGUUAUUACCAGAAUGUCUGCAUUGCAUAUAAAAUUUUGUUGACUGUUCUAGUAACGGUGGCAUCUGCAGAGAGAAGUUUUUCCAAAUUGAAGCUUCUGAAAUCUUACUUACGGUCUACAAUGUCCCAAGAAAGAGUUAGCGGAUUGGCGGUAAUAGCUAUCGAGAAUGAAAUCUUAGAGAGUAUAGACUGCAAAGAUGUGAUCAACCAAUUUGCUCUCAAGAAUGCAAGGAGAACUUCUCGAAUCCUCGGCUAGCUUUUACGGCAUGUAAUUAUAAUACUAUACUUUUGUCAUUUUUUUCUAAUAAUAUUGCAUUAAUUAUCAUUUAAAUAUAAUUAGUUUACAUAUGUUAAUUUGUUAGAUCAUUAGGGAUAAGAUUUUUAAGGUCUUUUUUCUAUUUUGGUCCAGACAUAUGAAUUCUCAGGACCGGCCCUGCUCAGUAUACAUGUACUUAGUCAUGAAUAAAUAUAUGUUGUUGUUUCACGUGUAACAUAUCACAAUGACUUAUAGAUUUUGAUUUGCAAUUAAGAUCUUCUAAUGUCCAACCAAAUGCCAAAUGUAGUUUACAAUGAAGCUUUUUAAACUUA